GGGGGGAGGAGAGAUGGAAACAGGAGACUAGGGUCAUUGAGAUGACUGGAGUAGAGAGAACACAAAAGAACUGGGUCGGGGAAAGUAAAGAAGGCCAAUGGGAAAUAGAGUGAUUGUCCCUCUUGGAAAAAGACAAUAGCAGGUGAAAUUAAUGCGAGCAAAGAAGCCAUUUGCCUGGUGACACAUAUUUCCAGAGAAAGAUUUUCUGAAGAGCAUGGUAGCUGAUCAUUAUAUGGGUGUAAGCAGCCUACUGCUCUGACUCAUCACACCACCUCAAACCAGUGGGUGCCACAGGAGCCCGAUGACGAAGGAUGUCUGCAGAGGUGGAAUCGCACUGGGCAUGAGCGUUGUCAUGAUUCCUGCAUCCAACACACUCAGCAGAGAGCUGGAAACAGGACUGGAAUGAGUGUAUGUGUCUAUAUAGCGACACUGAGACUGUACCAGAGAGAACUCCUAUUUAGUGAAAGCUUUUCAGACUCAAUGUUUUGCAAACAACAUCUUACAGGGGCUGAAUUACUGCUGUUGGCUACAGAGAUGUUUAUUAAAGAGGCCUAGCAGAGGUUAAUCACCUGUCAGUUGAAGCCAUCAUAUCAAUGGGAUAUGUGCCUUGGCUCUUUGAAAUGCCGCGCCAUACUCUUAGUUGAAGUUUCAGGCCUGAACAUCUUGUCUCUAUGUGUAAUGAGGGCAUGACACACAGAGUGCCACAUGGUCUUUAUUUCCUAGACCCAGUCACCUGCCCUGGGUCAAUUACAAAAAAAAAAAAAUGGAAUACCCUAUUCACACACAGGAGAAGUGCAUCUCACUCUUGGGGCUGCUAACAUACAUUAAUGAAGCAGAGAGCAUUUGGGGGUGGGGAGAGCAGGGAGAGUCUUUUUCACUCAGGUCUCGGCUGCAAUGCUAAAUCACGUUCCAUAGGAGCUGGACUUGACAGGGGCUUCGGGCUUUGGAAAGGAUUUUUACCAACCUAAUAGGAUCAACUCCUGCAAUUUUGUUGCGAGUCACAGGAUGUUUGGUGUUUUUGCUAAAGCUGCAGUUCCUGAAGUUAAGUGAGUACAAGAUAAUCCCAGUUUUCCCUGAAAGGCAAAAGUACAUUUCUAGCCCUCAUGAUUGUGGCUAAAAGCUUGAAAACAUGAUCCAAGUGAAUCUGGAAGACUCAAAAGUCAGAAGGCAAAGAAAAAGAACCCUAUAUAUAUUAUUUUUGAGACGAUUUCACAAUUUUGGGGAGUGCCACUCAUGAUUUUUGAAUGCUGAAGCCUGACAAUACUUGGGGAUGGGUUGAAAAAUGCCUGUUGUAGUUUUUUUAACAUCUCAACACCGUAAAAAUGUGUACAGCAUGAUUUAUUUUCAAGCCAUCCGCAUGGAUUUUGUAAGAGUCCUCUUUCCAUUCGUCCACCCUGUUCCUUCGUGAGUGCUGCCUCAGGGCGAGAGCAUUCCCACAAUGCUUUCUGCUGUUUGAAAGGUACUUGCACUCAGCUUUCUUGUUUGCAGGAUGGUCCUGCAGUCCAGCAGGAAUACAUGUGAAGCGGUGAGAAGUGACAGGAGGGGAAAGAUAAGAAGAUUCUCACACCCAAGCAAUCUGCUGUAGGACAGGAGGAAUCCGGCAAGAAUCGCUGACAGAUAUCCUGGGUCCCUGCAGAGGAGUCUCAUCUGCAGAGGAGUCUCAACCAACCACAAGGUCUAGGAUUCUCCGAAUAACAACUGGAAUAACAGCUCUUGCUGUGAAACAACCAUCCAUCCUGCAGGGCCGCCCUGGGGGAAGUGCAGAGAGCUGGAGCCCCCGAGGGACAGACACAGCUUGACAGACUGUAUCUCCCUCUGACACAGCCCCCAGGGCUCUGUGAAUUCACACUUGGGCGGCAUUCGUCUAAAUCUCCGGACAAUAAAGGAAUUUUGAAUCUGACUCGGACAUGAUGCGAGGAAACUCAGACAGACACCCAGACGCUGCCUGCUCCCCUCCCCAGUGCUUUGACCCCUUGACCAAGGGAUGUGUGAGGUGCACAGAACUGCCUGGACACGCCGAGGAGGACACAACAUGCCACAACAGCGUAGCCCCCACUUCAACCCAAGCACCAGCACCUGGCCCAGGUUUGAUCUUUGGGAUCCCUGCUUUAGUGGGGCUAGUCCUGGUCCUGGCUGCACUCUGUGGCUUGCUGACCUGUCAAGUGAGGAGGAGGCGGCAGAGGAAGAGGAGGAGCCCCAAUGAAAAGCCCAAGGAAAACCUGGACUGUGUCAUUUCCUGUGAAAGCCAGGCCUGUAAGGGACCGAAACUGCCAGAAGAAGAUGAUCUCGUACUGGCCACAUGCCAACAUGUGAAUGGCACCCUGAAGCAUGCUGGGCCAGCAGGAAGAGGAGAUUUCUCAAAGAGGAAGCCAGUCUUCCAAGGUGGGGCAGGAAGUGAUGUCAUUCAGCUCUCUGUUCUCUCCGCCGGCAACGAAGAACGUGACCAUGGCUUUCCACUACCAGCAACAGAGCUGGGGGCCACUGUCCUGGUGACCACAAAGACCAUUCAGAAUAACUGCACCACUGAGGAGAGACCAUGACAGCAGGCAAAAUAGGGCUGGCGCUAGCUGGUUGCCCACUGAAGGUGACAAAAUCGCUUCAUUUGGGUGGAUAAGCUGUUGCAUGGAAAUGACUUGAAUCAGAACGAGACUUUUGCCUUAAGCGAGGUCAGCCUCCUAUGCCUUUUGCCUUUUAUAUUUCCCCUUUCACAUGGUGGUUGAAGCCAGGAAGUCCCAGUUACACCCCUAACCAAUGGAGGAUACCUGAGUCAAUUGUAUUGUCCCUGGUCCUUGAGCUCUGUAGCUGGAGAAGGUUGAAGAGAGAUGGCACGUGAGAAAAAGUGAUUGUUCAGAGCCAACAUACCAACUGAAUGAUUGCUGCGCCUGCUAGCAACUAUAUUUUAAGGGGGUGGGGUGUGUUGUGUGGGUGUGAAGAGGGAGUCCUAGGGAGAGUGGGAAGGGUAAAAAGGAAGAACAGAGUGAAAGUUUAAAUGGAAGGUGGGUGUUUCUCUAGGCCCUGAUCCUGCACAACUGAAAUCAAUGGGAGUUUUGCCAUUGGCUUCAAUGAGAGCGGGGUUGGGUCCUUAGUGCUGGUACAAUGCUAUGUUCUGUGGGGCCCUGAGCAAAGUAACAUAGGCCGGGCCCCAUCCAGCUUCCAUUCAACUUACAGUCAAGUCCUCCAAGCGUCAGAGGGCCCAUAACAUACACACACAGACACCUCCUUCCUGUGACCCCUUCACACUGUGGCAACCCCCCGCCAAGGCUCUGCGAAUCCCCUUGCAGGGUCUGGGAAGCGAGGAGGUGGAGCUGAAAUGCAUCUUCCCAAGCAGAGAAUGAGGGACGGAAAUCUCUGCAGUGACCAACUGGCCCUGGAAUCAGCCAGGACCAUGGACAGAGAACUGGGGCUAUCACUGUGGCAGGCACUUGGGAUGUGUGUGCACGUCCCAUUGGCCACCACUGCUUUAGUUCAUGUUUCUUCAGGAAAUACUACGUGUAUCAUGCCAACAGGAAUUAUAAUAAUAGAUAAUUUUAGCGUGAUGGGAGGGUGAGAGGGAAUAUUUAGCUUAUAACUGAUGUUUCUGUAAGGAUUUGUCUACAUGGGGAAAUUGACCAGCAUAGCUAUUCCGAAUAACUCCUUAUGUGGACACUCUGUUUUGAAAUAAAAGUGACUUUAAUCCA